AUGUGGUUAUCACCCUUGCCUCUCACCUCGUCUUGGGCCCCCCUGCCUCAAUCCAACCCCCCUCCCUCCCGCUUCUUCCAUUCCCUCCCGUUCACCCCUUCCCUCAGCCCCACCACUCCCUCCCCGCCUGCCCCCUUCCCCCACCCCGCCCCCUGUCCCUCCCACACCUCCCCCCUUCGUUCCUCCCAGUCUUCUGCUCACCUCCCCAACCCCCCCCUUUCUGCCCACCUCCUCCCCUUUUGUUUCACCAUUCCUAUUACCAUGCGCACGCCUUGCAUUGGGCUCGCCCCAUCAGCCAUGGCUCGGAUGACUGCAGUGGCCAUGCUGCUGCUGCUAGGGCUGCUGCUCGCCCUCGCUCUCGCCACUGCCAUGAGCUUCAUCAGCAUCAUGCUUCUUGGCAGGGAUGCGUCGUAUCGUGCACCAGUUACAGCUGAUCAUGCACCUGUGCUCUCCUUCCUUCCUUGUUGUGUCUUGCAGCUUCCACGUGAUAAUGACAGCCAGCAAGUCAACCCGCUCAUGCUGGCCUCUCCAUCCAUCCUUCAUGCCAAUGCCACUGCCACGAGUCACAACAGCACGUGCGGACCUUCCACUCAUGCCAACGCAAUUGCUACUUCUCCUCAGCGUGUCAACACCCUGAACGUGCCUCUUCACUCCCUCGACACCCUGGUUGCCUCCAGUGUUUGUGAUCUAUUCUGUGAUCGCCACUCUCAUGGCACUGCUGUGGGGGAUGGGCGUGACACACACGCAAGUCAGAGCAUGGGUGCAUCAGCAGGGCUUGGCUGUGACGGCUGGGCUGAUGAAGCUGAAGAGUGCAACCAAGUGCCUCCUGGUAUGCCAUGCGCUCUGCCCUCCGCCACUGCAGCUUCCCCCUCUGCCAAACUUUCAUAUCCCUCCUGGUCAUUGUCUCUCCCCUUCUCUCCUUCGUGCUCUCACUCAAGUCCCUGCAGCUUCGUUUUCUUGCCAAUCUUUUCUCUAGUCACUUGUGUUUCCCAUGCUGCUGUGUUGUGUUCUUCCCAUCUCUCAUCCUCCUCUCUCCUCCUCUCCAUUCACCAAUCAUCCUGCCUUCCCUUCCUCGCCAUCACCAUGCUGCAGCCAUGUGGAAACUUCCCUCUGCUGCACAGCCCCAUGUCUGGGACGGAGAGACUAGGAAAGGCUGUUGGGACUGUUGUGGCGAGUAUGGCCGGAACACAGGAGUUAAAAGAUGCGAUGGAGAUGAGAAUGAGGGUGAUGGAAGAGGCUGAGAGGAGGCAAGUGGCUCAGAUGAAUGAGAUGAGAGGGCAGAUGGAGGAGAGGGAGAGGAAAUUGAUUGCAGAGUUGGCAGCUGUGAAGGCAGAGCUGAUUGGAGUGAAGGGGGAGUUGGCUGACCACAAGGGUGCUGUGACGGAGAAACUGGACAUGGCUGAGAGAAGAAGGGCAGUGGAGUUGAGAGAGCUGAGGGAGGAGGCUAGGAAGGGAGAGGAUGAAAUGCGUGCAGAUUUGGCAAGGGAGAGGGAGGAGAGGAGGAGGGAGGUGCAGGAGGUAGAGAGGAGAAGAGCAUCAGAUUUGACGGAGAUGAAAGGGCAGAUGGAGGAGAGGGAGAAAGAGCCGGCAGCAGUGAAGGAUGAGUUGGCUGAGCAGAAGCAUGCUCACAUGCAGAUGGAUGUUGACCUGAAAAUCAUCCAUUGUGAAGGCCAUCAGAAGUUUGCAUGGAAGGUAAGUGCCGAGCCAAGCUGA